AGGCUGCCGCUGGUUCAAAUCCCAUCGUUCGAGUACCUGGUCCCUGCCGUGGUGCUGAGCUCCCACCUGUCCCGCACGGACAGGAACGGCACGGCUGUGGCCAUCGCGUGCCCUGCCCCGCGCUGCGCCGUCACAGGGAGCCAGGCCGCCUCGCUGCGAGAGGUCUCCGGAGCCGUGGUGGUGUCCGGGCUGACCCGGCUGGCUCUGGGGAUGUCGGGCGUGUGUGGCUGGGCAGCGCGGCGCUGCGGGCCCAUGGUGCUGGCCCCCAGCCUCUCCAUCAUCGGGCUGUCCGCCUACAAGGAGGCCGCCUUCCUCUGCUCCGCGAGCUGGGGGGUAGCGCUGCUGCUCAUGCUCCUCACCGUCACCUUCUCCCAGCACCUGGGGUCCUGCCGCCUGCCCUUCUGCGCCUGGCCCCGUGCCCCGGGGGGCUCCGUGGAGCCGUCCGUCCCCACCCUGCGCACGCUCUCGGUCCUGCUCCCCUUCGCUGCCGUCUGCAUCGUCUGUGCCAUCCUCCAGCACCUCCGCGUCCCCUGGGACUCGCUGGACCCGGCCACAGCACGCUUUCCCUGGGCCAACGGCACCUUUCACCCCCCUUGGCUCCAGCUGCCCUAUUCAGGCGAGUGGCCGCUGCUCACCCCCCGGGCGCUGGCGGUGGGCAUCGCCAUGGCCGUCGGCUGCAGCGUGAACUCGGCGGGCUGCUACGUGCUCUGCGGGAGGCUGCUGCGGGCCCCCCGGCCGCCCCAACACGCCUGCAACCGGGGGCUGUGCGCCGAGGGGCUGGGCAGCCUCCUGGCCGGGCUGCUGGGCGCCGCGGGGGGCACGGCCGCCAGCAUCGCCAACGCCUGCGCCGGCGGCCUCACGCAGGACGGCUCUCGCCUCUCGGUGCAGGUCAGCGCGCUGGCGUGCGUGGCGCUGGGCAUGUCCCCGCGGCUGGCGGGGCUCCUCACCCGCAUCCCGCUGGCGGUGCACGGUGGGGUGCUCUGCGUCACCUACGCUGUGGCCGUGGGCACGGGGAUCUCCUACUUCCAGUACGCCGACAUCGACUCCGGGAGGAACAUCUUCAUCGUCGGCUUCACCAUGUUCAUGGCCCUGCUGGUGCCGCGGUGGCUCGGCGCGGCUCCGGCACGCUUGGCCACAGGCUGGGCGCCCCUGGACCUCCUCUUCCUCUCCCUGCUCACGGUUCCUGUCUUUAUAACCGGCUUCUUGUCCUUCUUCCUGGAGAACACGGUCUCAGGAACCCCGGAGGAGCGAGGGCUGCCGCAGAAAGGCGGGGCUGGCGAUGGAGAGAGGGGCGAAGCCAGCCCCGUGUACGGGCUGCCCGCCGGGCUGAGCAGGCUGCUGCCCUCCUGCAAAGCCUUCCCCUGCUGCUUCCUCUGCCCGGGGCGCGAGGAGGAGGAGGAAGAGGAGAAGGAGGAGGAGGAGGAAGAUGAAGAGGAUGGCUGCCGUGCGGCCGAGGAGGGGAUUGUUGCCGCAGGGGAAGGGACACGGCUGCUCCUGAAGCCCGGCACCGGGGAGGCGCAGGACAGAGAGCCAGGCCAGGCGGAGACGCUUGCAUGGCACACGGGGGCCUGACCCGGGGUGGGGGGGGACACACCUCGUGGGGGGACCUGAGCCGUCCCUCCAAGGCAGCUCGAAAGCCUCUCCACUCAAUUUCUGAAGCCUCAGGAGAGACCCGCACUUUCACACUCCCGUCACAGACCUCAUCUCCCUGCUUUGUUAGGGAGCUAUAAAAACCUUCAACCAACUUUGCCCUGGGGGUUUCCUUUCCAGCCAGGGCUCCAUCUUCACCCCGUGGAUGCUGUCACCCUACGGAUGCUGCUGGGGAAGGGCUCGGUGCUUUGGGCAGCCCCAAAGGGGCCGUGGAGCCCAGCCUCUGCCUUCCUGCUAGCACCUUGUAAGGCAGGGAGCAACGCCCGGGGCGAGGCAUUGCCCCUCGUGUACCCGUGCCAGGGCGCUGGGAUCUGGUGUUGAGGGGGGGGGCACAGGGUUUUGCUGCUCAUCUCCCACACCACCCAGCCUGCUCCCAAACUUGGCCAUGCAGCCAAGAGCGCGGCGUCCGCCGCCUGGCUCUGCUGGGCGAGGGACGGAGCCCCCCCCCCCCGCCCCAUGCACCCGGAGCCCAGCCACCCACACCAAGCCCUUCCUUAGCAGCAGCAGCGCAAGCCAAAGCGCGGCUGCACUCCACAGCUCUUUGCACAGCGUCAGGGGGGCUGCCGGAGAGGGACAAGCUGCCACGGGCCCCUCUCCUCUCCCACGGCCACGCGGCCAGGCCCUGACCGUCCUGGGGAAGCGGCGAGCCGUGCCCGUUUUCCCGUGCCGGUGACAAGCGUGGCACUACGC